AAAAUAUUCAAUAUGAUAAUAUAAAUAAUAUAUAUUUCGUUCCUAGUACAACAAUUAAUAAUAAAUAUUAUAUCGUUGAUUCAUCUAUUGGAAUAUGCACUUGUUCUAUGGCACUUGGUGGAUCACCUUGUAAACAUCAAACGGUAGUUGCUAUUAAAUAUCAUUCAGGUUCUUUUAAUUAUAUUGCGGCUCUUACUCUUGAAGAUUGUAAGACUUAUAGAUAUAUCGCAUGCGGAAUAAUUGCAGAAGAUCCAAUAUUUUAUGCAUCCUUGCGUGCACCAAUUGUAUCAGGAUUCG